AAACAUCAAAUGGAGACGGCAUUAUCAAGACUGUAUGCACAAGUUAUUUGGAUAGGUCAGCAUUUUCCUUUGCAUACCCCGAGACAAGGAUAGUGUCAAUGUUAUUUAACAGCUGGGGAGUUGGGUGAUUCUGGCGGGGGGUUUCAACGGGCCCAAGCCGAAGCAGAGGUGGUGCAGUUUGUAUCGGAGAUGCGUCUGGAAGUAUGACACCGUCCAGAACUUCAUCGCCUUACUCGCUUCCUGCUGUCUUCUUGCGCUCGUUAUUCGUAUUACUGCAAGAGGGACAGCGCCAAGUAUAAAGACGUCUGUCCUGUCUUUCAUGUGGUUGGCAAAACAUUCACAGGAUCUUACGACCCAAUUCGCCAGAAUUUCGCAUCCUGAUAACCAGGUGCUCCGCAGGGCCGGGAUGUUUCGAGUUGGAGUUCAAGAUACUAGUCAGAUUUUUGCAAUCGAUGACCCCCCAGAUAUAGCAGGUUUGGACAUUAAACCAGGCGCAUCUAAACGAAUAUGGCAUGGAAUUUGCGGUUGUGCGAGCACUUCCUGGCACCGAGUGAGGUCGCUGAUAGUUUUCUCCUUCAAGUACAAAGUCUUGGAGAGCCACGAAGAGACGAAAACACGCCACCCCAAUAACUCCAUACAAUAUUGCCUUUGCAUGAUCUUCCACGCCCUCUUUGUUGUCCUAAAUGCUUUCCUCUUUUUUGCAACCGACCACUACAAUAAACAAGACAUGGUGCUCUCAGUCGCGUCUCAUAUUCAGAUGUGGAAGUUUGGCAUUCGUCAGUUGAUACAGGCAUACUACACUUUGUCGAUCGCCGCCCUAAUUUACUUGGCUCAAACUGUCACCCUUGCCCAUGAUUUAGUACGCUUCCAGCCCCUCUCUUCAUUACAUGACAUCAGGGAUUCCUGGCACAACUGGUUUGUGGCUGGGCUGCGCUUCAUGGGCCAGUUUUCAUAUCCUGGUUUUACAUCUCCCACGAGGAUCUUUUGCGUGUUUUGCUACCUCUUUUCCCUCUCAACCAUCUCUCUCCUGCGACCAUACAUCGUUUCGCCUGAAACUUACACUGUCAUCGCCACCGGAUUAUCAUCUACACAACUCGCGUGGCCAGAUCCGGCAACAAACAUUAGCACUCUGGAUUGGAAUAUGAUAACUUCGGCUGCCUUGCCUUCAAGUCAGAUCAAGGGGGUGAUGACCACGGGACUGGCAAGCGGCUUAUUGUACGAUGAAUUCUCUCCAAAUCCUGGAUUUGGUGAUGCGGUUGUAAAUGCAACGCUCAUAGAUGCCGACUGCUCCUUGUUGCCAAGUUCGUUUUGGUCCAAUUCUGAUGGCUCUCCUCAACUCGAAGACACUAUCAGCGUGAUUCCUUGGUCAGAUCAGAUUUUGCACGUUGUAUCUGCUGAGAACUAUCUCACUUUUCUUGUUACGACGGCAAUGGCUGAAAGUGGUGCGGUGCUAGAGAACGCUUCCGUGUCUAUGCCAUGGAUAACGUAUGACAGCAAUGGGUAUGAAGUAUCCAGUACGCAAGUAGUAGGAUACAUGGUUGCAUGUCACAUGUCUCUCGAGAAGCAUGUGGCUACCGUCGACGUUCAAUCCAAUUUACUUCUUGAUACUACGUAUAAUUCGGUAUUCUCUGACAAUGGAUGGACAAUCUUCCCAGGGAAUUCUCCCGGUACAGACCAAGCCUUAGAUUGGAUCAAAGCACCUUUCUUCGCAAAGCCAUAUGAAGGAACACCGGUGGAAGCGAUAUACUGGAACAACAGCAUUUUACCUGGGCCAUGUGUAGGCAGUAGCAAUGGUAGUAUGUGUGGAUAUACACCAGAAAGGCUGCUUAUGGGGUUUCUGAAUAUGACCCAGAAGCAGAUAAACCCUACAACAUUUAACAGUAGCACGCCCACCUUCACUUUGUCUCCACUCGAGCUGGAAAACGCUUUGUCCCAGUACUUUGGGGUGAUGAUCUGGACAGCUGCACAGCUUGGUGGGCGUCAAGGAGGGUUUGAUAGGGCAGCCGGACAGGCUGAAAUCAACCAAAAUGUAAAAACGAUAAGGGUCCAUUUUUCUCGAAUACCAUUGCUGGUGGCGCUCGUAGCCUCCUGCAUUGCUUUUGUUUUGAUCUUCGCGUUGGCUGGAGUUUUUCCCAGUGACGAAAGUUUUGUCGGAGGCUUCGGGGUUCUGCAUAUGAUCUGGCUCACGACCCGCCUACCAAAAACUGCCAAAGUCUUUGGCUCGAUUCCGCACAAAACAUAUCUGGAUCUACAUGACCUUCGUCGCAUUGGAAAGUGCAUUAGGGUUCAACUGGCAGACGGUGCCGUAGAGGAUAUCGACGGAGACAAACUUGAAAAGUCUGGAAUGCUUAAUGAACCUAGUGGGGACGAUCAACUUUGUGACCUUGAGAGAGGGGAAGAAGGCAAUGAUGACCGUCAAGUCGAAGCCACAGAGAAUAUCGAUGACGGCAGGAUUGAAGAUUGUGGUAACGACCAAGUCUGUGAUCUUGAGAGAGGAGAUGGAGGUAUUGACGAGUCAAUGCCGCUAAUACAAUCAAGUGUUCGACUGGACGAGGUCACAGAGGAUGUCGACGAACUUGAAGAUAGGCUGAAGGAGUGCUCAAAAUGAGCAGAAUGAGUGACGACUCCAUCAUAUGUAUUACCUCAGAUCCGCUUAUUCGAUACGACCAUGGCCCUACGGGCACCCCUGGACCUGAUUUUCUCAUACGCUUUUUCUCAUGACGGUUUAUCCAUGUACAAGUCUGUCAUACUAGUCUCGGC